GAGCUGCCUCUGACCCCCCAAUUCCGCCUCCUAGAGAUGGAGCUUCUUGGAGCACUGCCAGCCCACAGAGCUCUGCCGCCCAACUCCAGCCAUGGGGCAGGCGUGGUCCGUGUGGAUAAGACAUGGACGGGGCAGGACAGAGGACUGUGGGGAGGGGAAGGGGAAGCCCCAGCCCCCAAUGCCACCUCCUCAUUCCCCCCUGAGCCUCCCGGAGCCUCAAGUAGCAUCAUUCCAGUCUACUGUGCCCUCCUGGCAACUGUGGUCCUUGGUCUGCUCUCCUAUGUAGUCUUCAAGUGCUGGCGCUCACAUAAACACAAACAGAAGCUGGCCAAAGCUCGGACUGCAGAGGUGGGGAGCCAGAUGCACGGAGAGAGCAGUGUCUUUCUGGACGCUCCUAUUAGUCUGGACCCCUGCGCCCCCAGCCAGGGACAGCAUCCUGAGCUGGGCUGCAGACUUUAUCUUCAUCUCCCUCGGCAGCAGCAGGAGGAAGUGGAGCGGCUCCUGGAGGUGACAGAGGAGCUGACGGGCUGGCAGGGCCUGGCGGGCCGCCUGGGCUACCCAACUGAGGCUGUGGCAACUAUGGCUCAGAGCCAGGUGCCAGCCCACACCCUGCUGAGGGACUGGGCUGUCCAGAAAGGCAGCAGUGCCACCCUCAGGGUGCUAGAGUGCGCACUGACUGCCAUGGGCCGGGACGAUGUGGUCCGGGUUCUGAGUUCCCCGGCUGAAGGCUGCUCUGUGGUAUGAGCGUUGACUCUGUUGCCCAGCCCCUCCGGGGGCUAUUCUGGUGCUCCCCCCUACUUCCUUCUCACUGGCCUUUCCUGUUUUGAGGACACAUGAUUUGGAGUCCACAAAGUUUCAAGUUGCCACUCACUGCCCCUUUCUCUUCCUUCCUCUGGGACAGGGAUAUUGAGGGUAGUUGACAAUGCAGAAUGUUCCUGCUCUGAUCCUCUGCACCUCUCCUCUUCCUCGGCUGCUCUUUUCUGUUUGUACCCCGU